AGGCGCCAGGCAGGAGACAAAGGUCGCCGAGGCUCCUGGCGCCGAGCACCCGCCGAAGCGGAGCCGCUCCCUGGGCUCCGCCUGCCCCCGAAGCCUGGCUCAGCGAGGGCUCACCCCGCACCCCGCACUCCGCCGCCCGAGACUCCGCCCGCGCGGGCCGCGGGGUCCCCACGCAGCCGCGCUCCCUGCCCGGCGCGCCUGGGGUUAAGGAGGUUGUGCGGGGCGGGGCCGAGGGCAGGCUCGGGGCGUGAUUGGCUGCGCGGCCCGGCCCCCGCGUCCUGCCAUUGGCCGCUCGGCGGGCCCGCCUCCCCGAAUCUAGGCGCCGGAGCCGCGCUCGCCCGCGGGGAGCCGAGCGCGCGGCCGGGGCCAGCCAGCCGCGCCGUCCGAGGAGCGCUGCCUGGAGCCGCGAGCUGGGAUCCGGCCCGGGGAGCUGCGCGGUGCAGGAGCGGAGCGCGCGAGCUAUGAUGUCGACCUACAAGCGGGCCACGCUGGACGAGGAGGACCUGGUCGACUCGCUGUCCGAGGGCGAAGUGUACCCGAACGGCCUGCAGGUGAACUUCCGAAGCCCCCGGAGUGGCCAGAGAUGCUGGGCUGCACGGACCCAGAUGGAGAAGCGACUGGUGGUGCUGGUGGCACUUCUGGCGGCCGGACUGGUGGCCUGCUUGGCAGCCCUGGGCAUUCAAUACCGGACAAGAACCCCCUCAGUGUGCCUAAGUGAGGCCUGCGUCUCUGUGACCAGCUCCAUCUUGAGUUCUAUGGACCCCACGGUGGACCCCUGCCAGGACUUCUUCACCUACGCCUGUGGCGGCUGGAUCAAAGCCAACCCCGUGCCUGACGGCCACUCUCGCUGGGGGACCUUUAGCAACCUCUGGGAACACAACCAAGCCAUCAUCAAGCACCUCCUCGAAAAUUCCACAGCCAGUGUGAGCGAGGCAGAAAGGAAAGCCCAAGUAUACUACCGUGCAUGUAUGAAUGAAACCAGGAUCGAGGAGCUUAAGGCCAAGCCCCUGAUGGAGCUGAUUGAGAAGCUAGGGGGCUGGAACAUCACAGGUCCCUGGGACAAGGACAACUUCCAGGACACCCUGCAGGUGGUCACCUCCCACUACCGCACGUCUCCCUUCUUCUCUGUCUACGUCAGUGCCGACUCCAAGAAUUCCAACAGCAACGUGAUCCAGGUGGACCAGUCUGGCCUGGGCUUACCCUCAAGGGACUAUUACCUGAACAAAACUGAAAACGAGAAGGUGCUGACGGGAUACCUGAACUACAUGGUCCAGCUGGGGAAGCUGCUGGGUGGAGGGGACGAGGCCACCAUCCGGCCCCAGAUGCAACAGAUUCUGGACUUUGAGACGGCACUGGCCAACAUCACCAUCCCCCAGGAGAAGCGCCGGGACGAGGAGCUCAUCUACCACAAAGUGACAGCUGCCGAAUUGCAGGCCUUGGCGCCAGCCAUCAACUGGCUGCCCUUUCUCAACACCAUCUUCUACCCCGUGGAGAUCAAUGAGUCCGAGCCUGUUGUUAUCUACGACAAGGAGUACCUGGGGCAGGUCUCCACCCUCAUCAACAACACGGACAAAUGCCUGCUCAACAACUACAUGAUCUGGAACCUGGUACGGAAGACAAGUUCCUUCCUUGAUCAGCGCUUUCAGGACGCCGACGAGAAGUUCAUGGAAGUCAUGUAUGGGACCAAGAAGACCUGUCUUCCCCGGUGGAAGUUCUGCGUGAGCGACACAGAGAACAACUUGGGCUUCGCCCUGGGCCCUAUGUUUGUCAAAGCGACCUUUGCGGAGGACAGCAAGAGCAUAGCCAGCGAGAUAAUCCUAGAGAUCAAGAAGGCAUUUGAGGAAAGCCUGAACACACUGAAGUGGAUGGAUGAGGACACUCGGAGAUCAGCCAAGGAGAAGGCAGACGCAAUCUACAACAUGAUAGGCUACCCCAACUUCAUCAUGGACCCCAAGGAGCUCGACAAAGUGUUCAAUGACUACACGGCAGUUCCGGACCUCUACUUCGAGAAUGCCAUGCGGUUUUUCAACUUCUCCUGGAGGGUCACUGCUGACCAGCUCAGGAAAGCUCCCAACAGAGACCAGUGGAGCAUGACUCCGCCCAUGGUGAACGCCUACUACUCGCCCACCAAGAAUGAGAUCGUGUUUCCUGCCGGCAUCCUGCAGGCGCCAUUCUACACCCGCUCCUCACCCAAGGCCUUAAACUUUGGUGGCAUUGGUGUUGUCGUGGGCCACGAGCUGACUCAUGCUUUUGAUGAUCAAGGACGAGAAUACGACAAGGAUGGGAACCUUCGGCCCUGGUGGAAGAACUCGUCCGUGGAGGCUUUCAAGCAGCAGACCGAGUGCAUGGUGGGCCAGUACAGCAACUACAGCGUGAACGGGGAGCCAGUGAACGGCCGGCACACCCUCGGGGAGAACAUCGCCGACAACGGGGGCCUCAAGGCGGCCUAUCGGGCCUACCAGAACUGGGUGGAGAAGAACGGGGCUGAGCAGACAUUGCCCACCCUGGGCCUCACCAAUAACCAGCUCUUCUUCCUGGGCUUUGCACAGGUCUGGUGCUCUGUCCGCACGCCCGAGAGCUCCCACGAAGGCCUCAUCACCGAUCCUCACAGCCCCUCCCGCUUCCGGGUCAUUGGCUCUGUCUCCAACUCCAAGGAGUUCUCAGAACACUUCCACUGCCCCCCUGGCUCGCCCAUGAACCCUCAUCACAAGUGCGAAGUCUGGUGAGGGUGGGAGCACCUCGAGCCGAGACAGAGGAUGAGCCCCCAGGUGGGGCCAACAAGGCCAUCUCUCCAUCCAGCGUCCAGGGCACCGCCCCGCCCCCCUGGCCACCCAGGGCCCCCCUACCCCGCACUGGAGGGUUUUCAGCCGGAACUGAGCCUACGAUGUGGGUUCUCAACACAAUCCGAGAUUUGAUCCCCUGUGAAGACCCUGGCAUCCCAGGCACAUGUGCGUCAACUCCAGUGGGCAUUUGGGUAUCAGGCUGGUUGCUCACCAGGCCUGGGCCCCACUCUGACAAGGGCAGUGGACGCAACCCCCCGCCCACAUCCGGAGCCAGAAGCACCAGAAAUGCCACUGUGUCAAAUGCUUUAAAGAUAUAUUUUUGGGGAAACUAUUUUUUAAACAUUGUGGAAUACACUGGAAAUGUUCAGGGAAAUAAUGAAUUUAAAACACUUUUUUUUUUUUUUUAAGGAAAGGAUUGGUAUAUUUAUUAUAUUCUGUUUUUCUAAAUAACCUGUGGAUAAGGGAAGCCCCACUGAUUUACCCCUCUCCUCCUCACUCGCCAUGAGGUCGCCUGAGGCAGCCAUCCCCAGCCACUGAGCGCGUCCCCAAGUAGAGAGCUGCCCAUCCCUUGGCAUUUACAGUUUCAGCCUCUGUCACCUGGUUUUGCAGUCGCAGGGUGUAGAGAGGAGAGGUGUGGAGACCAGGAAGGGGCAGAGGCCAGCUCAUGGGCACCGCCCCUCGCAGCUUGCCUGCCUCUGUCCCCAGAGUCCAACAGUGGGAACCCCAACUAGGACGGUCUGUUCCCCAAAGUUGCAGCAGGGAAUUGAUGGCUGCAGCAGGAUGAGGCCAGGUCAUGGCCUUCAAACCCAUCCUGGGGCACCCCGAUGCCCUGGGCCUGGACAGCAGAAGGCCUGCAAGACCUGGCCCUCCAUCAGAUCCUCUCUGCCGUGCCGUAGAUAGCCCCUCUCUGUCCCUCUUCUGGCCGCUGCCUGUGUGUCCCAGGGUCUGGUUCCCUGUCUACAGCAGCCCUCCCAGCCCGGCCACUCCAGGGUCUGCCUUGCUGACCCGUUUCUGCAGAGGAAGGAGAAAAGAGAAGACCGCUCUCCUGUCCCACAGGGCCCAGAUCCUCCCUCUGAGCUCCGUCCUGCACCCCUGGCCUGGGCUUGGCUCCAGGGACCACAUGCAGCCCCGCCUGCCCGCCCUUCAUCUCUAGUGCCUUAUCUGAGGCUGCAGCCCAGGCUCUACCCCAAGGAGACAACCCCCUACCAGGUGCCCCUUUGCUUCCUCAGUGAAGCCUUCAAGUGUCCUGACUAUAAUGCAAGGCCAUACCCCCUACUCCCAGUGCCCACAGAGCUGCCCCUCACGGCGCCCUGGGAGCUCUAGCUUACAGGGCAGUGGCACCAACGUCAGGAAUCUGAAGGACUCCUGAACUUGCCCUGAGCCCCAUCCCACCCUCAGCCCCUUGGGUUGAAUCGAGACGAUACUUGUAACUAGAGGGACUCCUCAUCUGGAGAUGUUUUCAGCCAAGGCAGACUGAGGAAAAGGUUCCCCCAGUGUGAUCAGUCUAGCCUGUGCGGUCAGGGAACCAGGAGUGGCUUCCCUCCUUGAAACUGUGGUACAGGAGCUCUCUCUGGGGGAAGCAGGCACCUGUGACUGAGGCCAGAGCAGCCAGUGCUCACCCUGGCUCUCCCUUCUCGGCAGCCCACGGCCUGGUCGUGCCCCGUCACCUCGCCCCGGAAGUUAGAAUCCUCCCUGCCCAAGAGGACCAGCCAGAUCAGCCUCGGCACUGAGGUGGGGUGGGGUCCAGAUGAGGCCCCUGGUCCCCGCAAGCAGCAGUCCUGGUCACUUUUCAGAGACGUAGGACAGGAGCCAGAGAAGGAGCUAGAGUUGGGGGCUUCCACACAGAGUUUGGAUUUCCCAGCCCUAGUGCCCUCCAGGUACCUCCUCUACCCCCCUCGUCCUGCCUUCCCGCCUUCCCCGUGGGCGGUCACAGUCCUCAGGGGUGUCUGUCCUCACCUUGGGCUGGGACCUCCCAACCAGAAGCAAGUGUCCCAGGGCUGAGGGUCCAGCCAGAGGGAAUGUAGACUACAUUCAUUUCUUCAGGGUGUCCUGGGAAUAGGCAGGGGCCAAGGGGGAGGAGGGCUCAGGCCCAGCAGGGACAGAAGCAAAGGGAGCAUCCCCACUGUCCCUGCCGAGCUGAAAACAAGGCUGAGGAGGUGGACAGCUGCCCCGUGAGAGACCCCUCCCCUGAGGCCCGGGAGCCAUAGGUCUGGCUUCUCUGCGGCUACUUGGAUGUGGGGUUUGGGGCUGGGAAUCUAUUUUUUGUAUUCUUACGUUUUGUGCUACUGUAGUUUCGGUGUGGCACUAUUGUAACUGAAAUAAACGACUUGUACCGAG